AUGGCUCAAUGGCUGAACAAAUAUGUAUCUGCAUUCGUUGUGUCCAUCGUGAUCAAUGCCGUGCAAUGGCUUUUCUCUGGCUCUCGUCCAGUCGUGCAGUUACCACAAGGAAUAGUGCAUGGCGUACGCGUCACCUUUCAAGUUGACGUUGGAGUAAAGCCAGAGCGAUUAUAUGAAGAAGACCAAUUCCUAGGAAUACCGUUUGCUCUUCCUCCCCUUGGAUCACUCAGGUUUGGAGCACCUCAACCUAUUAAAGACAAUCCAUCUAGGGUCAUACAUGCCACAGAAUACGGCCUUGCAUGCAUGCAGCCUACGGGGUGGGCCGGAAGAUAUCACACAAGUGAUAGGAACUCCAUGUCUGAAGACUGUCUCACUUUGAAUAUUGUGCGGCCUCACGAUGUCCAACAAAACCUUUCGCUUCCUGUCAUGGUGUGGAUCUACGGAGGUGCCUUCGUUUCGGGAGGGUCGAGUCAUUAUAACGGUUCGUACUUAGUAUAUCAAAGCGUUUUGAUGAAUCGUCCCAUCAUCUACGCAUCUCUCAAUUAUCGCGUCAACUUGUUUGGAUUUCUAGCUUCCUCGGAAGUUGAAAGUAGGAACGAUGCAGGCUUGAAUGCUGGACUCCUUGACCAACGUCUCGCACUUGCCUGGAUUCAAAGAAAUAUUGCUGCCUUCGGGGGAGAUCCAAACAAAGUCGUCACUGUGUUCGGAGAGAGCGCUGGUGCUAUAGCUAUCGGGACGCAAAUGUUGUGGAACAAGGGCCUUCCUACGUCUUCCAAUCCUAAAUUCUUAUUCCGAGGCGCCAUCUUGGAGUCUGGUGCCACAUCGGGCUACUCACUACCCGAGCCAUCAGUUCAUGAUAGGGCGUACCUCAACUUCGCCAAGUUCGUUGGUUGCGGAACAGGGCCAAUGCAGCGGGGCAGGGCCGACCAGAAGACGCUGGGAUUUGAUUAUCCCUCUCAACAUAGCUCGAUUUUAGACUGCUUGCGCGCUGUUCCAACGGAUGUCCUUUUGCGUGCUACUAUCUCGGUGAUGGACAGGUCUGCCGAUACCCAGAUGGCCUUAGGCAGUGAAUACCGCCCCUUUGGUCUUGUUCAGGAUGCCGAAUCAUAUUCGGGAUCCGGUGGCUUCUUUCAUGCGAGACCCAGUCACAUCGUCCAGAACGGAACGAUUGCGCCCAUACCUGUUAUCAUUGGUACCAACUUGGAUGAAGGCACUCUGUUCUCUCCGCACGAUCUUCGUAACAAGAAUCAGUUGAAGGAUUAUGUGGCUUUCUCAUGGUUCUAUCGUCAUCUGCGGCAUCACCCCUCUGAAACCAUUGACACAUUUCUCUCUCUUUACCCCGACAAUCCGAAGCUAGGGAGUCCUUAUCCAAAUCAUAUUUCAGGAGGCUCAACGCCAUUCGACUACUUCCGUUUCUUCCCUCCUUAUCAUAGCAAUCAAUUUAAGCGAGUUUCGUCCAUGCUGGGAGAUAUGCUUUUCGACAGUGGCCGAAGGGCACAGGCCAUUUCCAUGUCCCGCCGGGGCGUGCCUGUCUAUUCAUAUCAGUUUCGUCAGCCAAUGCCACAACCAGAUGGCCGCGUCGUGGAGCCAUAUCAUGGUGUUUUCCAUUCCGCUGAACUCCCAUAUGUGUUUGGUGUUUACGCGAUGCAAAAUAACGGACAGGGUGAGCUGUCGAAAAUGAUGUCUCACGCGUGGAUCAAUUUCGCCUACGAUCUUGAUCCUAAUGGUCCGACUCUAUCUGGAGACGACUCAAAUCGUGUAGCGGCCAUACCAAAGUGGCCACUUUAUACUCCCGGAGAAAGAAACAUGCUGGAGAUCCGUCACGGACAUAUGCGUGUUGUUAGAGAUGAUUAUCGGGACGACGCCAUGCAGUGGAUGGCGAAUGACGAACAUUUUAAUCAUCUGACUCAGCGAUAG